AAUCUCAACACAAAUUAAACAAUGGCUUACACUUUCGUCAGUAUUAUUCUGUGUCAAUUCUUGUUACUAAUGACUACAACUUUGGCAGGAAAAGUUCCAGCAAUUAUAGUGUUUGGUGAUUCCUCUGUUGAUUCAGGGAAUAACAACCAGAUUUCCACUGUUUUAAAGAGCAAUUUUGAGCCGUACGGUCGUGAUUUUUACGGUAAAAAACCAACUGGGAGGUUUUGCAAUGGGCGAAUUCCGCCAGAUUUUAUAUCUGAGGGUUUUGGAUUGAGACCAUUUGUUCCAGCUUAUUUGGAUCCGGCAUUUGAUAUAUCUGAUUUUGCAAUGGGAGUUUGCUUUGCUUCUGCUGGUACUGGUUAUGAUAAUGCCACUUCUGAUGUGCUUGAUGUGAUACCAUUGUGGAAGGAAGUGGAAUACUACAAGGAAUAUCAGAAAAAACUAAGAGCAUACGCAGGCAAAAAGAAAGCCAAAUACAUAAUAAAAGAGGCAUUAUAUUUAGUAAGCAUAGGAACAAAUGAUUUUUUAGAGAAUUACUACUCAAUGCAAAGCAGACGUGCCUCUCAAUACACAGAAGAUCAAUUUCAGAUUUUCCUUCUUCGACUUGCACAGAAUUUUGUAAAGCAAAUUUAUCAAAUGGGAGCAAGAAAAAUUUCCUUAACCGGACUUCCUCCAAUGGGGUGUUUACCUUUGGAAAGAGCAACAAAUUAUAUAAGUGGAAAUGGAGAUGGAUGCAAUGAGAAAUAUAAUAAUGUGGCUAAGCAUUUUAAUGUGAUGUUGGGUGGUUUAGUUCAGAAACUAAACAAAGAACUUCCUGGGAUUAGAGUGGUUUUUGCUGAUGCUUAUAAUCUCUUGCUACAUAUGAUUAGAAAACCUUCUUCUUAUGGGUUUGAAGUGGCAGGCGUAGCAUGUUGUGGCACAGGAUUAUUUGAAAUGGGUUACUUGUGCGAUAGUUUAAACCCAUUGACAUGCACAGAUGCAAACAAGUACGUAUUUUGGGAUGCUUUUCAUGUGACGGACAAAACAAACCACAUUAUCUCUAAUUUCUUGAUGAGACAUGUCUUUCGCCAAUUUCAAUAGUUGCACUGUUGGAUCAUAUCAUGUCUUUUGUACAUUCACUUGUUUUUACUUGUUUAUUCGGUGUUUGGUGUGUCGAUCAUCAAUAGAAAAUCGUCUUUGCACCUUCACAAGCUAAGGGUAAGAUCUGUGUACAUGUUAUUCUUCUCAUAUCUUACUUGUGAGAUUAUACUGAAUAUGUUAUUGUUGUUA